AUGAAGGAGAUGGGGAUGUCGUUCCCUGUCAUGGAAAAUCCGGAAGACUUUGCCGAGAUGGUUGAAAUUCCCGAGGGUCUCCCAUUUUUUCAAUCAAGCAUGAUUCAAAAGGCUUUUAUUGAGGUAGACGAGAAAGGCACAGUAGCUACAGCAGUUACUAUGUAUGGCGCAGAAGGAUGUUCCAUGUCCCUACCAAAACGAACAAGUUUCGUUGCUGAUCAUCCUUUCAUGUUCAUAAUUAUGGAAGACAGAUCAAAGUUGGUUAUCUUCACAGGAGGUGUGCUCGAUCCAAGCAAAGGCUAA